AUGUUUUUCAUGAUGGACUCCCAGCCGGAAUUCACCCAACCGAUAAGAGCCAGAGCAAUUUGCUUCCUUCUCAUCUCUUCUCUGAUUUAUAUCGCUCCCAUCGUUUGCCUUAUACUUGCUGGAAUUCAUUCCUACGACGACUACAUUUCUGACUGGAAAUUCUGGAAUUUUGCGACUAUUUCCUGCUUCAUUAUCUAUUUUCUGGCUCAUUGCAUUCAGAUAUUUGGACAAGCAAAACACGAUAAAAAUCUAGAGGAAAAAAGUGAAUUUCCGGAUGAAGAACGAUUUCAGAAAAACCAAAAACGAUUGAACAAUGUCAAAUUGAUUUUGAAGACUGUUUAUUUCAUUUUAUCUUUGUAG